CAUAUCCACUCCAAAUGGACAACAAUCAAAAUUAGCCAACGAGCAGCUAACCGUUUCGUGCCAGCCCAAGACCAAUUUAUUUGGUUUGGUCAGUCCAACACGAAGGUCCCGACUCUGCGAUCGGCUUAUAGAACGUCUCCGGCGGAACACCAACCAGAAGACAUGGCCCAGCACUUGGAUGCGGCAGGCGAUAACCAAAAGAAGCAGCGACGUUAUGGCCGCCUCUUCUGGAAGUUUGUAACCUACUUAAAGGAUUACUGUGCCAAUUGUACUUUGGCCGGCUUUGCCUAUAUUGCCAAUCACAGGCUGCAUCCCACGGAACGAAUCUUUUGGCUACUGUGUGUGAUGGUUUCGUCGUUCGGUUGCUAUUGGCUGAUUAGAGAAUAUCAAGACAGUUACCCAACCAGAGCUGUUAGUAUUGUCUAUGAGAGCAUGCCGCCCUUUUCCAAGUGGAAAUUUCCUACUGUCAGCGUUUGCGAAGUUGUCUACAAAUACCAACUGGCCUCACAGGUCGAGGAUUAUGUGCAAAGCUUGGGGGGCGAUGCAGAUGGGGAAUAUAGUUUUGAGCUAGAGACCCAUGUGUCAUAUAUUAUAUUUCCUCAUCAAUAUCACGAGGGGAACAUAAGGGGUCACUGUACAACAAUUCCGAACUGUCCGCAAUGCGGCCAGUGUCCCAAGGAAAAUAAUCGACAAAUUCUCACAUGGUAUGGAUCCAAUUGCACGGACAUGUUUGCGGAAUGCCGGCUUUCAGACAAAGUAUUCGACUGUUGUCGUUACUUCUUGCCUCUUAUCACUCCGUAUGGUCGUUGCUUUAUGUUGAACUCACUUCAAAAUAAUCGGCAUGGCUUAAAGAGUUGGCUUCCAACAGUCUUGGAUCCCGCCACACAGCUGGCGAAGAUGCAGUUAAUCACCAAGUUGCCGGUUCAGGUGAGCCUAAUGAAUGAGGAGGAUAUUCCGCAUACAGCGCUCUCGCCGAUCGGAGUCACAGUCACGGAUCCGGGUCAAAACAAGCUGUUGCAGUUUCACCGGGAGACCAUGGAAAAUGAUCCAGAUGUCAUUGAGAUUCCACCUAAGAUCCGAAAUUGCCUCUUUCCCGAAGAGAACCUACCGUCGAGCGUUUAUCGGGCCUACAGCUUCAGUACCUGUAUCAGCGACUGUACCAGAAACUUCCAGAUGGAGAAGUGUAAUUGCACUCACUUCAUAAUGAACCCCAUGGCCGAUCCGCGCUACCCCGACUGCAACUUGGAAGGUCUUUACUGCCUGGAGAUAAACAAUGUGGUGAAGCCGGAUGGCAAACUCCUCUUGAACAAUAACAAGGGCUAUAAGGAGAGUUGCGGUUGUUUGCCGUCCUGUAAUGAUGGCGAUAUACAGGCGGUUUAUGAGGCGAUUUCUGAAUUCGACAAAAGCACCACAACUCGUAAUAUAACACUCUCCAUGCCCGCCCUACCCACUGAUCAGUUUCGCCGGCAGGCUCUGCGAAGCCGUCUGGAUGUGGUGGUUUCCAUGGGCGGCAUGCUUGGCCUCUUUUUGGGCGCCAGCAUCCUAAGCGGAAUCGAAUGCAUAUACUAUUUUACGGUUCGAGCCUUCAACAAUGCUUGGCGGGAACACGAAACUCAUGCGUAAUUGGUAGACUGCCAAAGCAGUGUAGAAAAUCGUUUCCUCUUCAAUUUCAAUUUAUUAUUAUUCAUGCACUAUUCCAAAAUUUCUUUAACUAAUUAUAUUUAUAAAAAACCCGCUAAUUGCUUAACAAAUAAAUUUGACAAAA